AUGAUGCGUGCGCUCCUUUUCGUUGCCACCUGCGGCUUCGCCGCCGCCUUCGUGCCCCCGGCACAGACGGGUGCCAAGACUGCCCGCCCUGAGGCCGUGGUCCUCGUUGCCCCCGAGCCAGCCCAGGAGGCAUCCUCCGGAUCGUUCUCCUCCCUGGCCUUCGGCGCCAGCGUCGGCUACGCCGCAGCCGCCUUGGGCGCCGCAGCUCGCCAGGGCCGGACAGCUCUGAAGGCGGAGGAUGCUCCGGCCGUGGCCAGGACCCCUGUGGCUUACCCAAUCUUCACCUUCCGCUGGCUGGCUAUCCAUGCCCUCGUCGUGCCCACCGUCUUCUUCCUCGGUGCGAUCAGCUCCAUGCAGUUCAUCCAGCGCUGA